GAUGCGGCCAGCAGCCGCCGCCACUGUUGAACGCCGUCUUUUAUUGAUUUUUGGCGUGUAAUCGUCUUUGAAUCGCUACUUUAAAAUGUCUGUCACAUCUGGCUUGUUUUUUCGUCGUAGUGGUGAUAGUCAUCUCAUCCGACCAAUCAAUGGGAAUGAGUUGAAAGACAUAAAAGUGGUUUUCCUCGAGUGUGAUGAAGACAAGAAGGGUUUCCUGUCGAGAGAAGACCUCAAAGUUGCCAUGGUUUCCUUGUUCGGUUACAAGCCUUCCAAGUAUGAAGUGGAGAAAAUCUUUGAAAAUGUCCAUUCAAGGAGACAGGAGGAAGAAAACCAGCCUGAAGGUUUGAAGUUACAAGAAUUCAUUGAAGUGAUGUCCAAAAAAAUCGCUGUAAAGGAUCAAGAUGAGGAAAUCCGUCAGAUGUUCAUGGCCUAUGAUACACAAUGUCAUGGAUUCCUGACUGUUGAAGAUCUCAAGAAAGUAGCUUCACUCGUUGCUCCGCACAUGCAACUACAGACGUUAGAAACUGCAUUUAGGGAAGCUGAUCGGGAUGGCGAUGGUAGAGUGAGUGUCAAGGACUUUGAAUUCAUGAUGCGAUACAACGAAGAUGCCAAUUCCUGAUGUCUUUCCGACAUGGACCCAGCAGCUGGACUGCUCCAAGGGCAAGAAAUGACAGCUGGACUGUGAGUGUUUGCAUGCAUGAAAAGUGUUGAGGACUUGGCGCCAAUCUCUGGCAUAGACUUGCAUUGCUGGCACAUUCAGAUCUGAUGUAUCUGUUGUGUGGCAUCACAGGUCAAGAUGGCUUUUCAUGUAAGAGUACCACACUCGAUGAACUGACCUCUGAGAGCCAGCUUCUUGUCCUCAGUGUAACACAGAACUUGUGUCCUAUGGGAAAGUUCUGUCCUGAACAUGCCAGGCAUUAUAAUAGGGGAGUUUAGUCUCAUUGUUCAACACUUGUUACCAGUCAUUUGAAAGAUUUUGGUAUGGGCUGCCUUCAGUCAUGUCAGUUUUGGUGGUUUUGUAAAGAAAGAUGCAUGUUUGAGGAGUUAAAUUGUCCAGAAAAGUAUUUGUUUGGUUU